ACACCCCGAGAGGAGGAGCGUGAAGCGCGUAGUAGGCGUCAGAAUCUUCAAUUUCCAACUUAGCAUCCUGGCAGGACAUUUUCCAAAGCAAAGCCCCCAUCCGAAGGCAAAAACUUCUGCACUGCCUGAUAGAGAGCGCAACAGAGGGGAAAGGGAGUGAAAACCAAGAGAGCGCUGAGAACGAGUAAACAGAGCCGAUCAGCUGUAGCUGACAGUGACCAAAUAUCACGACGGAAACAUUUUCAUUUAUUCUUUUUUUCACUGUAAGCACGUAGAGGAAACACGGUGGCCUCUCGAUGUGAGUCUCUGUGGUUCAGAUCAGAAGGUCCGUGAAUAAAUAGAGGAAAGUGCACAAAUAAGUGGCUUGUUCUCGGUUUCUGCCAUGGCGUAUCCUCAGGGCUACUUGUAUCAGCCGUCUGCUUCUUUGGCACUGUAUUCGUGCCCGGCGUACAGUACUAGUGUGAUUUCUGGACCCAGGACCGAGGAACUCGGGAGAUCUUCUUCGGGGUCGGCGUUUGCUCCAUAUGCCGGAUCUACAGCGUUCACCAGCCCUUCUCCUGGCUACAACUCACAUCUCCAAUACGGUGCAGACACGGCGGCGGCAGCAACAUUUACUUCGUACGUGGGGUCCCCGUACGAUCACACGACAGGCAUGGCAGGUUCUAUAGGAUACCAUCCUUACGCGGCUCCCCUGGGUUCGUAUCCCUACGGGGACCCUGCAUACCGGAAAAACGCGACCAGGGAUGCCACCGCCACUCUCAAGGCCUGGCUUAACGAGCACAGAAAAAACCCGUACCCCACAAAGGGUGAGAAGAUCAUGCUGGCCAUCAUCACCAAGAUGACCCUCACCCAAGUGUCCACCUGGUUCGCCAACGCGAGGAGGAGGUUAAAGAAAGAGAACAAGAUGACCUGGACCCCGAGGAACCGGAGCGAGGAUGAGGAGGAGGAUGAAAAUAUUGAUCUGGAGAAAAACGACGACGACGAGUCGCACAAGCCUGCAGACAAGGGGGACUCGACAGACACCGAGUCAGCAGAACAUAAACUGAACCCAGAGGAUAUUACGUGCGACAGAUUUAAAGAGGAGAAUCCUGGCAAAGAAAUAGACCCCCUUUUGACUGACUCGGAAUUAAAAGAGCAAGAGGACCGGACAGAUUUAUUGCCCGAAUCUCCCAAACCUACCACCUCUUCUCCCCCAAACGUGCCUCGAGGAUCUGAGAUUACUGCCCAAGAGAAGUCGUCAGAAAUGGUGCACGCAUCGAACACGAUGAACGGUAUCAGCGGCAACAGUAACGUCACGUCUGUAAUUCAUUCGCCCCCCUCUGCUCCCAAACCAAAACUGUGGUCCCUCGCCGAGAUUGCGACUUCUUCUGACAGGUGCAAGGGAAGCAGCGAUGUGCCGCAGGCCUCAGGACCGGGUCAAAGCACCGUAAUUACGGCCAACGCGUCGUCACCGCCCCAGUCACCCCCUCAGUGUCCUUUUCCAAACAGCACAGUACUUUCCCGGCCUAUAUACUAUACAUCUCAUUUUUACCCAGGUUACACGAACUAUGGCACAUUCGGACAUCUUCACAACAACCACGGAUCCAACACGGGCUCCGCCACACAUUUCAAUGGAUUAAGCCAGACUGUGUUAAACAGAGCUGAGGCUCUUGUAAGAGAAAGCAAAGUGAGAAGCCAAACACAAGUAGAUCUUUGUAAAGACUCCCCUUAUGAACUAAAGAAAGGUAUGUCAAACAUUUAAUACUGACUUCCUC